AUGGUGGGCAAAGCCGGACACCAUGUGUCGUUCGCGGGGUGGAUGUCGCUCAUAGUGAUGGUCGUAAAGACGACGGUCAUCGUCAUCAUGCUGCGGCAUGCACGAACCUCCCUCGAGAAGCCCUUCAACGUGUCGGUGGUGGUGGCGUCGUCGGAGGUGGUGAAGUUCAUCGCGUCGCUCGUCGCCGUGCUGUUCUUCAGCAAGGCGGUGCCGCCCGCGUUCCGCGUCCCGGGCGACAUGAGCACGCAGCUCCCACACCGCGUGGGGCUGUUGCAGAAGAGCGCGCUGCCGAUGGUGCUCCCCGCGACGCUCUACCUCUUCCAGAACAUCAUCCUCUUCGUCGCCGCGGGCCAGCUGUCCGCGCUCGUCUUCCAGGUCGCACAGGGUUCGAAGAUCUUCUUCACCGCGGUGUUCACGUCGACGCUCCUGGGGCGCUCCCUCAAGGUCCACCAGUGGGUGGCGCAGCCGAUGCUGGCGGCGGGCAUGGUGCUGCUGUCGCUGCGCGGCGGCAACAUCUCCUCGCAGCCGUCCGACAACCUCCCCGUCGGCCUCGCGCUGAUGACCGUGGGGUGCUGCGUGUCGUCGUUCACUGGCGUCAUCGUCGAGAAGUAUCUCAAGAGCGACACGGAUCCUGGGCUGUGGGUGCGGAACUGCCAGCUGUCGUUCUACUCGUCGUGGCUCGGGUUCGCGUACGCGGUGUUCGUCUCCGGCGCCAGCGCGCAGCCGGACGGCAUGUGGCAAGGGUUUGAUCACGCCAUCGUGGUGGGGACAGUGUUCGUGCAGGCGCUGUCGGGCAUCACGAUCGCGUUCGUGCUCAAGUACGCAGACAACAUCCUGAAGAACUUCGCCUCCGCGGCGUCGGCGAUCCUCACCGCGGUGACGGCGUACUUUGCCUUUGGGGAGGUCCCGGGGGUGUUGGCGGGCCUCGGGGCCGGGGCGGUGAUGUUCGCGGUGCUGACGUACAGCGGCGUGCUGCAGGAGAUCGCGGCGAGCAAGGAAUAG